AUGACAUCGUAUCGGAUCCAUGGGGCAGUGGCACCGGAAACAUCAAGCUCGUGUGCAAGUUUCAACACAUGUACUCUGCCACCAAAUGGGGGACUGACUUCACACCAAAUUGGCCAAGGGGCUGUCGACCUUGGGAACCUCACGAUCGAAUCUUUAUUCGACAAGAUCUCCCCCAUCCGUCACACAAGCGGCCAAUGCGAGCAGAACGAGAUCUCUGCCGAUGGAUGGCGGAUCGAGGGAGGUCUCGAGGGCGACAUGGAAACCAUCAAAGUGACUUUGAAGCCGUCCGGCAAAUACCCCACGUGGAUGCACAACGAAUUGCUCGACAUCCUCAACGCUCCUGUCCUCGAAGUUGGAGACUGCAGAGAUGUGACGAGUGUACAGGCUGACGGUCCGGGCGCCACUAAGACGACGCAGAGGCAGUGCCUGACCCCAGGCUUCUGGGACAUCAAUUACUAG